GACACAGUAGAAAUUUGGUGGUGACAUAUACGUAUGCCAUCAGUAAUGUUUUUUGUAGUGCUUUUUGUUUCCGUUGGUGUUUUUACAUUCAAUGCAGAAGCUGGAGCACCAAAAUGUCCCUCGGCGAACGAUGAUACAUCUAUACUUCUACAAGACAAAGAUUGUUCCAAAUAUUGGCGAUGCUUGAAUGGUAAUGCAGACCUUUUGGAAUGUCCUAACGGACUCUAUUUCAAUAAGAAAACCAACAGUUGCAAUUCGCCACAUAAAGCAUUAUGCUCCGAAGAUGAAAGCAGUGAAGAGCUUGAUUCCGACGAAAUAGAAGAUAUACUAAAAUAUGACAAUAACAUAUACAGAACAUGUAAUACCAGCGAAAUUCAUUGUCCAGCAGAAGACGAUGAACAACCAGUAUACUUUCCUCUUCCAAAUUGCACUCAGUUCUGCCAAUGUUCUAACGGGGUACCCUAUCUACAUGACUGCCCUGCUGACCUUCACUUCAAUCCUGCUCUGAACGUUUGUGACAAUCCACAAAAUGCUGGAUGUGCAAACGGAAAUAGCACCGACGACUCGUCUACCACAAGCACAGAAAGUAGUGGAGAUGACAAAAACAAUUCUGCCACUACCACAAAAAAAGGCGGACCCACUAUUGAAAACGACGAAUCAUAUGAACUCUGUCCUGAUACGGUCACAAAUGAAUGUCCUGCAGUAGAUGGAGAGCAUCCCGUCUACAUUCCCCUUCCAAACUGCUCACAGUUCUGUCACUGUUCCAAUGGACUACCCUACUUACAUAACUGUCCAGAUGACCUCCACUUUAAUCCAGUUCUAAAGGUUUGCGACCGGCCAGAGGAUGCCGGCUGCGCAAGAGGAAAUGACGUUAUAUCUACAACCGAAGGUACUGGUGGAGAAGACAACCAACCAUCUCCAACAACGGAAAGCAGUGAAAGUAAUGAAACCGAUAAAGCCACUACCACGGAGAAAAGUGCAACCACUACAGGUAGUGACGAAUCAUAUGAACUCUGCCAUGACACUAUCACAAAUGAAUGUCCUGAGGUAGAUGGAGAACAUCCCGUUUAUAUUCCUCUUCCAAACUGCUCACAGUUCUGUCAGUGUUCAAACGGACUACCCUACUUACAUAACUGUCCAGAUGACCUCCACUUUAAUCCAGUUCUAAACGUUUGCGACUGGCCAGGGGAUGCCGGCUGUGCAGGAGGAAAUGACGUUAUAUCUACAACCGAAGGUACUGGUGGAGAUGACGGUGGAGAUGACAACCAACCAUCUCCAACAACGGAAAGCAGUGAAAGUAAUGAAACCGAUAAAGCCACUACCACGGAGAAAAGUGCAACCACUACAGGUAGUGACGAAUCAUAUGAACUCUGCCAUGACACUAUCACAAAUGAAUGUCCCGCGGUAGAUGGAGAACAUCCCGUCUACAUUCCCCUUCCAAACUGCUCACAGUUCUGUCAGUGUUCAAAUGGACUACCCUACUUACAUAACUGUCCAGGUGACCUCCACUUUGAUCCAGUUCUAAACGUUUGCGACUGGCCAGGGGAUGCCGGCUGUGCAGGAGGAAAUGACGUUAUAUCUACAACCGAAGGUACUGGUGGAGAAGACACCCAACCAUCUCCAACAACGGAAAGCAGUGAAGGGAACGAAACCGAUAAAGCGACCACGGAGAAAAGUGUAACCACUACAGAUAGUGACGAAUCAUAUGAACUCUGCCCUGACACUGUCACAAAUGAAUGUCCCGCGGUAGAUGGCGAACAUCCCGUCUACAUUCCCCUUCCAAACUGCUCACAGUUCUGUCAGUGUUCAAAUGGACUACCCUACUUACAUAACUGUCCAGAUGACCUCCACUUUAAUCCAGUUCUAAACGUUUGCGACUGGCCAGGGGAUGCCGGCUGUGCAGGAGGAAAUGACGUUAUAUCUACAACCGAAGGUACUGGUGGAGAAGACACCCAACCAUCCCCAACAACAGAUAGCAGUGGAGGGGACGAAAGUGAUUUCGGAACUACCACAGAAGAUAGUGUAUCCACCACAGUAAGCGAAUAUAUGCUCUGUCUUGAUACAGUUGAAAAUAAAUGUCCUGCGGUAGAUGGAGAACAUCCCGUCUACAUUCCUCUUCCAAACUGCACCCAAUUCUGUCAAUGUUCUAAUGGACUUCCCUAUCUACACUACUGUCCAAGCGACCUCCACUUUAAUCCAGUCCUAAACGUCUGCGAUUACAAAGAAAAUGCCGGAUGCGCAAGUAACAAUGGAACAUAUUCUACACUUACAACAGUGGAUCCUGGUAAUAAAAAUACCGAUGCUUCUGCGACAACUGAACGCAGUGAAGAUCAGGAAACUGAUCGGCCAGUUACAACGAAAAGCAGCACUUCAACUACUGAAAGCGCGGAAACAAUUGAACUUUGUCCGGACACGGUAGAAAAUGUAUGUCCCCCUGUGGACGGCGAAUACCCAGUGUACAUGCCUCUGCCAAAUUGCGCCCAAUUCUGCCAGUGCUCAAAUGGAUUGCCUUAUUUACAUAACUGCUCAGAUGGCCUUCACUUCAAUGCACUCCUAAAUGUAUGUGACUAUCCGCAAAGCGCACAGUGCGACAGCAUUCCGUCUUAAAGUUUAACAAUAAACAAUCUUAAGGAACAUAUUUAUUAAUAUAUUUUAUGUUAUUUGUGUUUGAAAUACAAUAAUUAUAUCAUGUUAUUUUGUUUAUUUUGUAACUAUUUUGUCAUUAGUUUUAAGUCUACGUGAUUAUUCACUCGAAAUAAUAAAGACUGUCAACACGA